AUGUCUGUUGUUCCAAAUACAUCAGUUGUGACUACCAACAUGGAACUCAAUUCUUCUUCACCAAAAUUGAAUGAGAGUGUGGUUGAUGUCGUUGGAAACAAAAUCUCUGACUCUACCAACGGAAAAACUUGUCAUCAGUGUCGACAAAAAAUUAAGGAUUUGGCUGUUAUAUGUAAGAAUCCAAAAAAUGGAAAGCCUUGUAUCAAUAAGUUCUGCCGCAAAUGCUUGUUUAAUAGAUAUGGAGAAACGGUAGAAGAGGUAAAUUUGUUGAAUGAUUGGAUUUGUCCAAAGUGUAGGGGCAUUUGCAAUUGUAGUUUAUGCAUGAAAAAAAGAGGUCAAAGACCUACUGGUGCUCUAGCACGUACAGCCAAGGCUUCUGGGUUUAAGUCUGUGUCUGAAAUGCUAAGACAAAAGACUUCUGGUGGUUUAGAAUCAAAUAAGGUUGAAAAUAUUGAUGUUAUGCCUACAAAUGUAGCUACUUUUGAAAAUGAGUUUGUAGGUAUUAGUGAUGAUGAUAUUAAUGAUGAUGUCAAUUCAAAGAUGGACAUAGCAAGAGCACAACCUCUAAAUGUUGAUAAAUGUGUUGUAAGCCCAAUGACAUCAAAAAUUGAGGAAGAGAUUCAUUUGCCUCUUGGUACUAAUGUAACAAAAAUAUUGGACAUGGAGUUGCCACCACAAGAUGUUGGAAAUGCUUUACAAUUUUUAGAAUUUUGCUUAGUAUUUGGAGAGGUUCUAGAUGUCAAGAAAGAAGAAGCUGAAGCUAUCUUGCGAGCAUUGAUAAGAAAGCAAAAUUUGUACUUAGUGGUUGAAUUUCAAAUAAAAAUGUUGACUAUGAUAUUAUCUGAUUCGGGAAUUAAGUCACUUUCGAGUAGGUCUCCAUGCUUAACUCUAACUGAUGGAAAUAAUUCGUGGUUGAAAGCUCUAAAGAUUUUAAUGGCUAAAUCUCAUCAUAUGCUACAAGAAUUUCCUUUGGAUUGGCUUGAAGAAGGAAUUAGAGGAUAUUAUGAUCUAGAUUUAUCUAAAAAACUCAUCCUUUUGAAUUUUCUUUGUGAUGAGGCUUUGGGCACAAUGAAGUUAAGAAAAUAUGUUGAUGACCAAAAUGCUAUAUUUGCUCAAGAAAAGAAAGAGACAAAGCUUAAGGUUGCUGAAGCUAAGGAAAAGGAAAAAAGUCUAAAGCAAAAGUUGUUGGAUGAGACAAAAAAAGUGGAAGAUAGCAUUCCAAUUUCUGAACAUGAUGCUAAUGUUUUGGAGAUAAAAAGUGAAAUAGCUAAAGCACAUGUUGAGUUUCUUGAGGCAAAGGGUGCAAUCUCUAAACGGAAACAAAGUUCAAAUGCUGUAAGAACUGAGCCGGAGUUUGUUGAUAGUAAUGGUCAAACAUUUUGGAAAUUAAAGUGUUAUAAUGAUGAAAAUGAAAGUGUUAUGUUGAUGCAAGAUAUCACGAUAAAACAUGACGAUGGUGUUGUUGAUAACGAAGAAUGGUUUGUUUAUGGGUGUGAGCAAAAGAAAGAGAUUGAUAAGUACAUUUCAUCAAGGGCAAAGAGAUUCAAAACUCGCAACAUUUCCUCUACACUUCAAAAUGAAAGCAGUGAAGCAGAUAUGUAGUUAUUGUCAUCUUUGCCAGCAUCCAUAAUUACUCAAGUAUAUUAAAGAAUGACAUAUCGAGGAUAAUUUGUUUUAGACAUUGAUUUCAUUAAUUAAUAUGCAAUUUUUAAAGAUUUUUUGUUUUGGGAAUCUCAAAUUUAACAACAAGAGUUGUAUAAUUAAAUUGGUAUUUUUAUAAAUGGAAGAACAUGUUUUUUGUUUA